CGCCCGCCCCUCGGCCGGGUUCAUGCCGGGAGGCCCGAGCCAGAGCCGGAGCCGCCGUCAGGAGGAGGAGGACGAGGACGAAGACGAAGACGAGGAGGAGGACGACGACGAAGGAGGAGGAGGGCGGGCACGGCCUGGGGCCCCCGGCCAGCCCCUCCGGCCGCCGCAGGGCAGCUCGUAGCAGGAGUGGAGCAGGAUGCCCCCUGGAGUCGACUGUCCUAUGGAAUUCUGGUCCAAGGAAGAAAACCAGAGCGUGGUGGUGGAUUUCUUGCUGCCUACAGGGGUUUAUUUGAACUUCCCCGUCUCUCGAAAUGCCAACCUCAGCACCAUCAAGCAGGUCCUCUGGCACCAUGCCCAGUACGAGCCCCUGUUCCACAUGCUCAGCGACCCCGAGGCCUACGUCUUCACCUGCAUCAACCAGACGGCCGAGCAGCAAGAGCUGGAGGACGAGCAGCGGCGCCUGUGCGACAUCCAGCCCUUCCUGCCGGUGCUGCGGCUCGUGGCCCGCCAGGGGGACCGUGUGAAGAAGCUCAUCAACUCGCAGAUCAGCCUCCUCAUCGGCAAAGGGCUACACGAAUUCGACUCUCUGCGGGAUCCCGAAGUCAACGACUUCCGCGCCAAGAUGCGCCAGUUCUGCGAGGAGGCCGCGGCCCACCGGCAGCAGCUGGGCUGGGAGGCCUGGAUGCACUACAACUUCCCCCUCCAGCUGGAGCCCUCGUCCCGCGGCUGGGGGGCCGGCACGCUGCGGGCGCCCACCAGGACUCUCUUUGUCAACGUCAAGUUCGAGGGCAAUGAGGAGAGCUUCACCUUCCAGGCGUCCCCCAACGACUUUCCCCUGGCGCUGAUGGCCUGCGCGCUCAAGAAGAGGGCCACCGUGUUCCGGCAGUCGGGGCUGGAGCGGCCCGAGGACUACACGCUGCAGGUGAACGGCAAGUACGAGUACCUGUACGGGAACCACCCCCUGUUCCAGUUCCAGUACAUCUGCGCCUGCCUGCACAAGGGCCUGACCCCCCACCUCACCAUGGUCCACUCGUCCUCCAUCCUGGCCAUGCGCGACGAGCAGAGCAACCCCCCGGCCCAGGCCCCCAAGCUGCGGGCCAAGCCGCCCCCCAUCCCCGUGAAGAAGCCCUCCUCCGUGUCUCUCUGGUCCCUGGAGCAGCCCUUCUGCGUGGAGCUGGUGCAGGGCAGCAAGGUGAACGCCGACGAGAGGAUGAAGCUCGUGGUGCUGGCCGGCCUCUUCCAUGGGAAUGAAAUGCUGUGCAAGACGGUGUCCAGCUCCGAGGUGACCGUGUGCUCGGAGCCCGUGUGGAAGCAGCGGCUCGAGUUCGACAUCAACGUGUGCGACCUGCCCCGCAUGGCCCGGCUCUGCUUCGCCCUCUACGCCGUCAUCGAGAAGGCCAAGAAGGCCCGCUCCACCAAGAAGAAGUCCAAGAAGGCCGACUGCCCCAUCGCCUGGGCCAACCUCAUGCUGUUUGACUACAAGGACCAGCUGAAGACCGGCGAGUGCUGCCUGUACAUGUGGUCCUCCGUCCCGGAUGAGAAGGGGGAGCUGCUGAACCCCAUGGGCACCGUGCGGAGUAACCCCAACACCGAGAGCGCCGCGGCCCUCGUCAUCUGCAUCCCCGAAGUGGCUCCCCACCCCGUGUACUACCCUCCUCUGGAGAAGAUUUUGGAGCUGGGCAAGAACGGAGAGCACGCGCGAGUCACCGAGGACGAGCAGCAGCAGCUUCGCGAGAUCCUGGAGCGCAAGGUGGCGGCGGAGCUGUACGAGCACGAGAAGGACCUGGUGUGGAAGAUGCGCCGAGAGAUCCAGGAGCAGUUCCCCGAGGCCCUGGCCAGGCUCCUGCUCGUCACCAAGUGGAACCGGCACGAGGACGUGGCCCAGAUGCUCUUCCUGCUGCGCUCCUGGCCGGAGCUGCCCGUGCUCAGCGCGCUCGAGCUGCUGGACUUCAGCUUCCCCGACCGCCACGUGGGCUCCUUUGCCAUCCAGUCCUUGAGGAAGCUGACGGACGACGAGCUCUUCCAGUACCUCCUGCAGCUGGUGCAGGUGCUCAAGUACGAGUCCUACCUGGACUGCGAGUUGACCAAGUUCCUGCUGGACCGGGCCCUGGCCAACCGCAAGAUCGGCCACUUCCUCUUCUGGCACCUGCGCUCCGAGAUGCACGUCCCCUCCGUGGCUCUGCGCUUCGGCCUCAUCAUGGAGGCCUAUUGCCGGGGCAGCAACCACCACAUGAAGGUGUUGAUGAAGCAGGGGGAGGCACUGAACAAAAUGAAGGCACUGAAUGACUUUGUCAAAGUGAGCUCCCAGAAGACCACCAAGCCGCAGACCAAGGAGCUGAUGCAUGUGUGUAUGAGGCAGGAGACCUACUUAGAGGCCCUCUCGAACGUGCAAUCUCCCCUGAACCCCAGUACCUUACUGUCUGAAGUCUGCGUGGAGCAGUGCACCUUCAUGGACUCCAAGAUGAAGCCGCUGUGGAUCGUGUACAGCAACGAGGAGGCCGGCGGGGGCGCCGACAGCCACGUGGGCAUCAUCUUCAAGAACGGCGACGACCUGCGCCAGGACAUGCUCACCCUGCAGAUGAUCCAGCUCAUGGACGUGCUGUGGAAGCAGGAGGGGCUGGACCUGCGGAUGACUCCCUACGGGUGCCUCUCGACGGGCGACCGGACGGGCCUCAUCGAGGUCGUGUCCCACUCGGACACCAUCGCCAACAUCCAGCUCAACAAAAGCAACAUGGCUGCCACAGCCGCGUUCAAUAAGGACGCGCUGCUCAACUGGCUCAAGUCCAAGAACCCGGGGGAGGCUCUGGAGCGAGCCAUCGAGGAGUUCACGCUGUCCUGCGCGGGCUACUGCGUGGCCACCUACGUGCUGGGCAUCGGCGACCGGCACAGCGACAACAUCAUGAUCCGCGAGAGCGGGCAGCUCUUCCACAUCGAUUUUGGCCAUUUCUUGGGGAACUUCAAGACCAAAUUUGGAAUCAACCGUGAGCGAGUGCCGUUCAUCCUCACCUACGACUUUGUGCACGUCAUCCAGCAGGGGAAGACCAACAACAACGAGAAGUUUGAGAGGUUCCGGAGUUACUGCGAGAGGGCGUACACCAUCCUGCGCCGCCACGGGCUCCUCUUCCUCCAUCUCUUCGCACUGAUGCGGGCAGCCGGCCUGCCCGAACUCAGCUGCUCCAAAGACAUCCAGUAUCUCAAGGAUUCCCUGGCCUUGGGUAAAACCGACGAAGAGGCCCUGAAGCACUUCCGGGUGAAGUUUAACGAAGCCCUUCGGGAAAGCUGGAAAACCAAAGUGAACUGGUUGGCCCACAAUGUGUCCAAAGACAACAGACAGUAGCAGCGGCUCCAGCCCCGGCCUCAGCGUUGCCGGGGGCCCUCCGACCACUCGCCGCAGUGUCCGCUGCUGCUAAGGGACCAUCGGCUGUUUCCUGGGGAGCCAAACAGCCUGCGCUGCGUCUCACAGGGCAAGAACCUGCUCCACAAUUGCCUUUGGUUUACAUGGAAAGAAACUCCUGCAUUUAAUUUAUUAUGACUUGAAACUUUACAGAACGAAGGAUGAAAUGGCGAUGGGAACACAUUCUUGCGGGGGGCGAGGGAGACAGGCAGCCGUCUAGAGUGGUCUGAGCGACAGAGAAGAGGAAAAGGAGCGGGCGUCAGGCCCACCGUGGAGGACUGACCACCUCCCGCUCGGAGCCCAAAGGCCCCCACUCGGGGCCGGGGGGUCUCCAAGGGAGUGUCUCCACGGGACCGAGAGCAUCACUGCAUCCGCCGGGCAGCCGGGAGGCCUCGCUCCACUCACCACCUCGCAUCUCCUGUUGCUUGGCCCCAUCUGGGCCUGGAGGAGGCUGCCCUGGCGCAUCCCUGCUGCCCCUGUGCAUUCUUCACUAGCUGCUAGUACUUGGGCAGGCUCCCAAAGGAGGCCUGGGCUCUGCAGAGGCCCACUGCAUUGUAUUCGGGAUUCAGGGAUGCUCACUGUGUAUCAUCUAACUUAACUCUUUUUAGAUGUGAGAGGGAAGGGAGGAAAGAAAGGAAGAAGGAAGGAAGGAGAGAAGGAAGAAGGAAGGAAAGAAAGAGAG